AUGAACAACUUUCCUGAGCUAGAACCCGUGCCAAACUUGAAGUUUAUUGACCUAGAAGCUCAAAAAUGGUACAAACAUGUCUUUUCACCCCUAUCGUUUUACGAAAUUAUGGAUUCAAGGUAUUUACAUCUGACUAACCUACAUGGUGAAGUUUAUAUACUACCAGACAUUGCGAAAUCCGAUUGCGAAAAUCUAUUCAAGAAUGAAAACGCUAAAGCAAAUUUAGAAAAAGGAAAUAAAUACGACGUGAUUUUUGUGGAACAGUUUAGUAGUGAUUGUGGCCUGGCGUAUGCAGCAGUUUUGUACGACGCACCAAUAAUAGGAAUAACUUCACAUGUGCUGCUUCCUUGGGCUUAUCCUAGGCUUGGGUUGCCGUUCGAUUUUUCCUCAGAUGCGUACUAUUUUUCUAAAUCAGGUCCUAACCCUGGAUUGUAUCAUAAAGUGGAGGCAGUAUUAAUGGAUUUGUACUUUACCUAUGGAAAGUGGCUAAUUCAUAGAAAUAUUUAUAAUGUGUUUGAACGUUAUUUACCAAGCGUUACUUUUGACAUAGAAAAAGUUGCUCGCGAAAAGAUGAAGAUGGUGUUUUCUUAUCAGCAUUUGUCAGUAACCGGCGCCCGCCCUUCUGCACCACCACUGCUGGAGAUUGGUGGAAUUCAUAUCGGUGAACCAAAACCUGUACCAAAGGACAUUGAAGACUUCCUAGCCAAUGCAACCAAUGGAGCCAUUUACGUUAGUUUUGGUUCGAAUCUUAUAGUUAGCUCAAUGACGCCGGAGAAAUUGCAGCAAUUCCUGCAGGCUUUUAAAAUGAUACCUCAGAAAGUGCUGAUGAAAUUGGAAAACACUAGCCUUCCAGCUGGCAAUGAUAAUAUCUAUGCGAGCAGCUGGCUACCUCAGUUCGAGAUUUUAUGUAAGUAUUAA